GAUUUCGGCAUUUAAUUUAACUUUUCUUGAUCAUUAUAAAACCAAUCAAACCUAUAGUGCUUGUGUAUUCUAAGUUCAUUGAUAACUAAUACAUUAUAACGCACAAGCUCAGCGGAAUCUAUCAAAAUGGGUCUGUUAUCAGACCCAGAGUACCGUUCCGUGAAAUGGGUGCGGGUGUUGAAAAGGAUCCACGGGCCUCUCUGUUUCGUGCUAUACGUGGGAGCCCUGGCCUGGUUCGUGCUGCUGGGCAACAAGGAGUUCAACAACGAGACGUAUUUCUCGGAAAAUGCGCUGCUGCCGGGCCUUGUGACCACGGAGUUUAAUGGGGAACAUGCCGCCAAACAGUUCUUUGAUGAGCUCACGAACGAGAUUCGGUACAAGUUAGAGGAUGUGGAGCAGAUGCCAGUGGCGUGGUUGGUGGCCAAGAUGUCGCAGUUGCACCUCGAAGUGUAUACACACAACUUCACUCUCGACUACCCACUUGGCAAAGGGCAGGUAUACCACGGCACGAACGUCUAUGGAAUCCUACGCGCGCCGCGCACUGCGUCUCUCGAAGCUUUAGUCCUUACAGCGCCGCACCGCGCACCCGGCACGCAUCAGAAAGACACAGCUGCUGGCAUCGCGCUUAUGCUCGCCUUCGCUCAGUUCGCUCGGUCACAAAAAUACUGGGCCAAGGACAUAAUAUUCCUAGUAACUGAGCACGAGCAACUAGGCAUGCAGGCGUGGCUAGAAGCCUACCACGGUAUCCAGCGCGACUCUGGGACAUUCUACACCAGUCUUGGCGGCUUCUGGACGCCUGGUAUGCCGAGUCUGGACCUGGGGGCUUUGGGCAUGGGCUUUGAACAUAAGAAGUGCUUGAAUCCUGGCAAGUUGAAGGGAAGGUCUGGGUCUAUUCAGGCGGCUAUUAAUUUGGAGAUUCAUACGCCUAAAAUCAAAUACAUCGAAGUGAAGGUCGAAGGUCUGAACGGGCAGCUGCCUAACCUGGAUCUCGGCAAUCUGGUCCAUAAGCUCUGUGUCAAGUCUGGCAUUCACCACUCUUAUAAGAACAGCUACUCGUGGAUACGCAAUCGUAAUACGGUAGACGAGUGGACCAACGGUGUCUACACCCUGCUGGGGCAAGUGGUCACGCAAAUUGCGGGGGUACCGAAUGGCAACCACGGCCUCUUCCAUCGUUUCGGCAUCGAGGCCGUCACAUUAGAAGGCCGGGACGCCUCCGACCCAGCCGGCACACCGCCUAAAGUCAAUGCUCUAACCUCUGCUAACUUCUAUCGCCUUGGUGUGGCGCUGGAGAGUAUAUUACGAUCGCUCAAUAAUUUGUUGGAGAGGUUCCAUCAGAGCUACUUCUUUUAUAUGAUGGCGGCUACCAACAGAUUCGUUUCUAUCGGUCAAUACAUGCCUUCCCUCUGUCUCCUAUGCGUCGCCAUGCUCAUCCGUGCCCUAUCCCUCUGGGUGACCACACAACAGGACAACGAAGAGGAAAAACCUCCCAAACCGAAACGAAAAACAUCAGGCGCCGAUCUACCAGCAGACAACCCUGAGGUACCAGGAGAUAAUAAAACCGAGGUGAUACAAUCUGAAGAAAGCACACUUAGACACAGGAAAGUCGCUGAAUCUGAGUGCAAAGAAUCAAAGGAGCUUAAAGAAAAGUUCAAAACAGAGUUAGGUAAAGAAAAAAGCAAGAAGAGCGGAGGAAAGAGACGGAAAGAAAAGGAGGAGUCUAGCAUGAGCAUUGUCAAUAUUGGAGCGAACUAUUUGCUGGUGCAUUUGUUGGGUUAUGCUGUUAUGAAUUCGCCUAUACUUUUAAGUCAGAUUGGUGCGGCACACGGUUACUCAUCAGAAUUAUCCGUAUACUACGGUCUCAUCGCUAUAGCUGUCCUCCUCACCCUAAUCUCCCCCUACCUCCCCCGUCUGCUCCGCACGGGCCGCAUCACCCACGAGGAGUUAUCUCUAGUCAAUAUUCUAUUACUAGUGGAGUUGGCGACAGUAUGUCUGUCCGUGGGCAUGCAUAACUACCCGCUAGGGUUGGCCAUGGCUGUCUUCUAUACUCCUGUGGCCCUGGUGAUUGGGGUGGUUACUAAAGGCGGCGGAAAGAAGAGCGCCAUCUCGUUGUUCCUGAAGCGAAUCUUCUGCCUGCUAUUGCACCCGCUGUCCGCCGUGACGCUUUCCAUGAUUUUGUACAGCAGUACGCUGUUCCCAGAGGAGCCAUGGCUGAGCACAGCGGGCCGCGGUCGCGACGCCGCCAUACAAGCCAUCAUGUUCUCCGUCGCUGAUUCCCUGAUAUAUGGAAACUGGCUGUUCAACGUAGCGUCGGCGACCAUCUUGCCCAUCUGGAUUAUAUUCUGGCAGAUCGUGUGCAACAAAGUUGAUGCACCGGCAUAAAUAACUUUCUUAGGGGCUGUCCAUAAAUUACGUC